AUAUAACAUGGCCGAAGGAAAGACUCCUCAUUUCGAGACCUUGCAAUUGCAUGCUGGUAAGGAGGCAUGGCCAUUGUAUANNUCCUACAUUUUCAACGAUUCUGCCCAUGGAGCUCGCCUGUUCGGCCUCAAGGAGGCAGGCAACAUAUACAGCCGAAUAAUGAACCCGACCGUCGAUGUUUUCGAGAAGCGUAUGGCCGCAUUAGAGGGAGGUGUUGCAGCUGUCGCAGCAUCGUCUGGUCAAUCAGCUCAAUUUAUGGCGAUUGUAGCACUCGCCCAUGCGGGUGACAACAUUGUCUCGACUUCGAACUUGUACGGUGGAACCUACAACCAGCUCAGGNUGUUCUUGCCGCGAUUAGGCAUCACGACAAAGUUUGUGAACGGUGAUAAGGCAGAGGACUUCAAGAAGGCUAUCGAUGACAAGACUAAAGCUGUCUACGUCGAGAGCAUUGGAAACCCGCGAUAUAAUGUGCCAGACUUCGAGACUAUCGUCAAGAUCGCACAUGAGGCUGGUGUUCCAGUUAUCGUCGACAACACAUUUGGUGCAGGUGGAUACUUCUGCCGACCAAUUGACCACGGAGUCGACAUUGUCGUUCACAGCGCGACCAAAUGGAUCGGUGGACAUGGCACCACUGUUGGAGGCGUGGUGAUUGAUGCUGGUCGCUUUGACUGGGGUACUCCACAGGCUCGCAAACGAUUCCCACAGAUGAGCGAGCCUUCGGAAGGGUUCCACGGCCUCAAGUUCUGGGACACUUUUGGCAAGCUUGCUUUCAUCGUGCGAGUUCGUGUUGAGAUCCUUCGGGAUGGUGGUAUGGCUCUCAACCCCUUUGCCGCCCAGCAGUUGCUUCUAGGUAUCGAAACUUUGAGUCUGAGGUGCGAGAGACAUGCACAGAAUUCGCUUGCACUGGCUCAAUGGCUAGAGAAGAACGAACACGUUUCUUGGGUCAGCUAUCCUGGUCUUCCAAGCCACGCCAGCCAUGAAUUGGCAAAGAAAUACCUACCGAGAGGUUUUGGAGGUGUGCUUUCGUUUGGUGUGAAAGGUGAUGCCGACGCCGGUAACCAGGUUGUCGAUGGCUUCAAGCUGAUUUCAAACCUCGCAAACGUUGGUGAUGCAAAGACACUUGCAAUUCGUAAUACCACUCACGAGCAGUUGAGUGAUGAGGAAAAGAUCAGUAGUGGAGUCACUGAGGAUCUGAUCAGGAUAUCCGUCGGCAUCGAGCACAUUGACGAUAUCAUUGCCGACUUCGAACAGUCAUUCGAGGCCUCGAAGGCUGCAACUAAGGGUAAAGAUCAUCCUGAAAAUGCUGAUAAGGAACCCGAUGCGGAUGAACCCACAAGACUUGAAGUU